AACACAUCCUCUGCUAACAAAAGCUUUCACCUUUGGUUCUUCCUCUGGAAGAGAGGGCUUCGUUUUAGGGUUAUCAGAUCAGGUGCCUUCUUUAACAAUGUCUCGUGUGUAUGUUGGAAAUUUGGAUCCACGAGUGACGGAGCGAGAACUUGAAGAUGAAUUUCGUGUCUAUGGAGUUAUCAGGAGUAUAUGGGUCGCAAGAAAGCCACCAGGUUAUGCUUUUGUUGAUUUUGAUGACCGUAGGGAUGCUCAAGAUGCAAUUCGUGAGCUGGACGGUAAGAAUGGAUGGAGAGUUGAGCUGUCUCACAAUGCCAGGGGUUAUGGUGGUGGUGGCAGGGGUGGUAGCCGUGGUCGUUCAGGAGGUUCUGACUUGAAGUGCUAUGAGUGUGGUGAGCCAGGUCAUUUUGCUCGAGAAUGCCGCUUGCGUGUUGGCUCUGGAAGGCGUCGUAGCCGCAGCCCUAGAUACCGCAGCAGUCCAAGCUAUGGUCGCAGGAGUUACAGUCCUCGUGGUCGUUCCCCAAGACGUCGUAGUCCAUCACCUUAUCGUGGACGUUCAAGCAGGUCACCAGCUUUCCGUGGCAGGGAGGAUUCACCGUACACAAAUGGUCAUGCUGUUAGAGGUCGACACCGAAGCAGGAGCUGAGUAUUGGGAGUGUUCAACUCUUUGGUGUCAAGAGCAAAAACAUAGAUUAUUAGUGAGCUAUAAUGAUUCCUGGACAUCAUUACUGUUGGGCGACGCCCUCGGUUCAACUUCUCAGAUUUGGUUAAGUUUCUUGCUAACUUAGUAUUGCUCUUGUUAUUUACUUCUCUUUUAUCAAUCAUUGCACUUAGCUAUAGUUAUAUAUAUAUAUAUAUGGAAAAGGGUUUAGAGGAGAGUUGUAAUAAGGUGAAAACAAAGAAUGUGACUGAGUUAUAUACCUUCUUUUUUGUGUGUCGAGGAUGCGUGGUCCCCGCUUGUAAGACUUGGUAGAGAAUCCAUGCUGCUUCGUCAUACAAUGGUUUUCUGCUUCUA